AAUAUUGAUUAUAGUUUGUAGAAAUUUGUUCUUCUUUAUUAGCUUUUGUUUUGCCGGAAAAUGGGUUGCUAUGGUUACAAGGGCAUUGCAUGCUAUUACUUUUUAAUGUUAAAUUUUAGUAAGGAGUAAAGUAUUAUUUGAAAUUGUUUAUUUAGAGUUUUUAUUUAAAGUCAAAAGUAAAUUAAAAGUAAUAAUAAACGAAAAGAAAUAUGUCGACUCACACAAAAGGCGUAAUUGCUUUCGAUAUUUCGAAAAACGAAAGUUUUGAAUUAUCCGACAAUUACAAAAUGCUUCACCGAAAGUUAAAAACCCAUUAUCAAGUUGAGCAAAUUGAUGGCGAGUUAAAAAAGGAAAAAUUAACUCGUGUAGAUUUGUUUGUCUUAGCAGGACCACAAGAUCGAUUCACGGAGGAGGAGUUUCAAGUUCUAAAGGAAUUUAUUAAUAAUGGUGGAAAGCUACUUGUAUUAUUAGGCGAAGGAGGUGAAACUCAAUUUAAUACUAAUGUUAAUUUUUUUCUGGAGCAAUAUGGCAUUUAUAUAAAUAGUGAUACUGUUUUACGUCCGCAUUAUUACAAGAACACUCAUCCUAAAGAAUGUGUUAUUGGUGGAGGUGUGGUAUGCGACUCUAUGUGGAGAUAUUUAAUAAAGCAAGAAGGAAGAGUUGAUAAAGUUGAUUAUGACUUUAGUGAACAAAAAUAUCAAAUACAAUUUCAAUAUCCAUACGGUGCAACGUUAAAUGUUUCUGAACCAGCAAAUGUACUUUUGACAACUGGACCUGUUGUUUAUCCUUUUAAUCGUCCCCUUGCUUGCUACUACCUAAACGCAGAAAGUGAUGGAAAAAUACUUGCAAUUGGUUCUGGUUAUAUGUGGCAUGACAAAUAUUUUCAUAGAAAUAAGACCAAUGAAACAAUUUUGGACUACUUUUUGUUAUUACUAAUUGGAAAUGAAAUCACUUUUACCCACUUGGAUUUUAAUGAUGUUGAGAUCAAUGACCAUAAGUCCUUUAUGGAUAUUGCUUUUGUAGCCGAUAUACCUAAAGCUUGUUUAAUCGACUCAAUUGGAUCGGAUAUACCAACAGAUUUUAAGCAAAUGUUUGAUAUGACACUUUGCACUCUGAGUAAUCACCUAUUAAAUAAUGUUAUAGAUGCAUAUACAUUGCUUAAUGUUAAAUAUGAGUCACUAAAGAUAAUCAAACCACAAUUUGAGAUACCACUGCCACCACUACAACUUACGACUUUUCCGACAGUAUUUAGUGAACCCUCCGCUCCACCUUUAGAGUUAUAUGACUUAGAUGAAGUAUUCAGUUCUGCUCGUUCACAACUGGCAUACAUGGCAGGUAAAUGUAUACAAGCCGUGCAAGUAAGAGACCCUCGGAAACCAGUUAAUUUGAGAGAACUUGAGAACUAUAUAAAGGAAUGUGCGCGUAUAACAGCGGUUAUCCAUGAGGGUCAAGAUAUGCCAGCAUAUGAGAUUUUAAAUACUAUAGCCCAUCAAAUUGUAAACUACAAACCAUAUUUAGAUGAAUGAAUAACAUUUAAAAAUAUAUUGUUUUAUAAAUUA